GUAGGGCUGUGGAAAACAAGAGGCUAUCAAGUGCGUUGGAAACGACCCAUUCGACUGCGGCGAAGGAAGGUGAUCUGCGCGUUUUCCUUGACCCCCCUCUCUCGACGUCGCCAACGGCCGCUGCUUCUCUUCCUCAGCUCCACCAGGCGAGGGGCUAAGUACCACAAACGUCUUUCCCCACCGAUCAGGGACCGUUGCCGCAGCCAUGGGCAAAGGCGACCCGAACAAGCCCCGGGGCAAGAUGUCCUCGUACGCUUAUUUCGUGCAAACGUGCCGCGAGGAGCAUAAGAAGAAGCACCCGGACACUUCGGUCAACUUUUCCGACUUCUCCAAGAAAUGCUCCGAGAAAUGGCGGACAAUGUCAGCAAAAGAAAAGGGCAAGUUUGAAGACAUGGCAAAGGGUGACAAAGUUCGCUAUGAUAGGGAGAUGAAAAGUUAUAUUCCUCCUAAAGGGGAGAAGAAGAAGAAGAAGGACCCCAAUGCCCCCAAAAGACCACCAUCUGCUUUCUUCCUGUUUUGUUCUGAGCAUCGCCCAAAGAUAAAAAGCGACCACCCAGGUUUGUCUAUUGGUGAUACAGCAAAGAAACUAGGCGAAAUGUGGUCUGAGCAAACAGCAAAAGACAAACAGCCCUUUGAGCAGAAGGCAGCAAAACUAAAGGAGAAGUAUGAGAAGGAUGUUGCAGCAUAUCGUGCCAAGGGGAAGGGUGAUGCAGGAAAGAAAGGUCCAGGUAGGCCAGCAGGCUCCAAGAAGAAAGUAGAACCUGAAGAAGAUGAUGAUGAGGAAGAAGACGAAGAAGAGGAGGAAGAUGAGGAGGAGGAGGAAGAUGAAGACGAAGAGUGAAGUUAUAAAGCUGCUGUAAAGAUUUUGUGCUCAAAAGUCAAUGAUUUUGCUAAGAAUGUGAAGUCGAGUGCAGCUCAUUGUUAGCUUCAGUAUAAAAACUGUACAGAAUUGUGUAUAGGUAAUGUGAUUGUAGGGAGACCUGUAUUCUAAUGUAAGUAGUAGCUGAAUGCCACUACUGUUAGAUUUUUAAAAGCUGAUAUUGUCAAAUGUUCAGGCAUAUUUAAUGGUUCUUUGGAUUCAGUGACAGCUUGAUUUUGAGCAGAGUUAAAAAAAAUGGUAGUAAAAUUGGUAGUCAACCUUGUCUUGCAUACUAUUGCAUUGUAUUACUUUUUUAACAAUUUUGUAAUAAAAUGAUGUACAUUAUUCUUGUUACUAUACUGUAGUGUUAAUUUGCUUAAACUGUUGGAAAUCAUAGUAUAUGCCUGUGGUAAGGGUAAGGUAACCUUAAAGCAGCCUUCUCUCAGUUGGUACGCUCAAAAAUUUUUGAGCUGCAACUCAUUUUCCUCGACAGUUUACUCUUUCUGGUUUUAAGGACAUUUGUUCAGAACAUUAAUAAGGCAUGAGGUUGGAGAAGGCUGACUUAGAGAAGCCAUGUUAGACUUAAUUCAUGUUGCAACUUUUGAGACUGGAGUAAUUACAAGCAACUUUCACAUAAAGCAGAAGUGGGCAACCUGUGGCCCUUUAUAUGUUGAACAGCAAUUCCCUUCCCUGACUAUGCUGAUGGUAGUUAUUCAGGAACAAGUGGAGGGCCAGAUGUUCCCCACUCCCAGUUGUACAGCAUUGCAAAUGUUCUUCUGCGUAACUAGGACUGUGUAUCACAUGCCUCUUAAAGUGGUACUCUGAAGUGGGGCUUGUAGUAUGAAAAAUCUUGUGUAAGUUCAGACCUAAAAAGUCUGUAGGAGAAAAUUAAAAUGUCAAAUUUGGCCACAUUA